AUGCCCGCCGCCCCGCCGCCGGCGUUGCCGGGUUUCUUCCGGCGACGCUGCUCGAGCGCCGGCGGAGCCGCGGGGGCAGAGCAGCCCCCGCCACGGGAAGCGGCAGGAGAACGCGGCCCGUCCCGGCAGCCGGCUGCAAAACGAGGGAACGAGCCCAAAAUCAUGGCAAAAUUUCUGUCCCAGGAUCAAAUUAACGAGUUCAAGGAAUGCUUUUCCCUGUACGAUAAGAAACAGAAAGGCAAGAUAAAAGCCACUGACCUGCUGGUUGUGAUGCGGUGCCUGGGAGCCAGCCCAACGCCCGGAGAGGUCCAGAAACACCUCCACCUGCACAAGAUCGACAGAAACGCAGAGCUGGAUUUUUCCACUUUUCUGAAUAUAAUGUACAGGCAGAUGAAGCAGGAGGAACCCGAGAAGGAAAUCCUCACGGCCUUGGCCAUGAUCGACAGAGAGAAGAAAGGGCUCAUCGCCGUCGCAGAGCUGAGAGCCAAGCUUACAAGACUGGGAGAAAAGCUCUCCGAGGAAGAAGUGGAUGACCUGCUAAAAGAAGCCAAAGUUGGACCAAAUGGAACAAUAAAAUAUGAAGAAUUUGUCCGCACCAUUAGUCUUCCUGCAGCUGACUACUGA